AUGGCUUACAUCAUCCGGAUACCACUCUUUUAUCAAUCCUCAUCCUAUCCCUUCCCCACAUCCUCCGACUUCCCUACUACAACAGCAACCUACAUCGCCCUGGCCAGCGGCCCACCCGACGCCCAAGCUAUCUUCAACGACUGCAAAGCAUGGGGCUGGAAAGUUGAACACCGCCACUUGAACUCGCCCAAGGCGAAUGAGUGGUGGGAAGCGUACAACAAGAGCGCCAUAAAGAAGCAGUGGAACGAAGAUCUCUGGCGGAUAUGGCAACGCGAACACGGUGUUAGAAUUCUGCAGGAAGACGCGAAGAUGAAG